ACACACAGCUGUACUCUUCUGUGCUCUGUAAUAGAAGGGGAAAAUCUCCAUUCAGACAAUGUUGACAAAUUAGGAAGAAAAAGGAAAAUGUAAUGGUGAAAUAAGGUCGGGGAAUUCUGUCAGUGCAGAUACAAACCUGUUCAGAUGGCAUGUUCCGGCAUAAGUCAUCAGUGAGACAAAGGACCUCUUCUCUCUUCUGAUGAUGUUCCAAGUAUGGAUUGCAUUAUGCCUUAUUUGGCAAGGAGCAAACAGCUUCAUGAUCCAUAACACCAUUGAGAGUCUAUGUCUGGAAGACUCUGGAAACAGUGAUGGAGUUCAGUUGAAGAGGUGUAGCCUUGACUCUGAAUUUCAGCAGUGGUCCUGGAUAAAUGAGUGGUUCCUAAUGAAUGCAGGCACACAGAAAUGUCUGUCGGCCUUCCACACUGACCCUGUGAAAACUGUUCCCUGUGAUGGCCUUGACAGUCUCCAGUGGCAGUGUCGGAAUCACAGGCUUAUCAGUCAGAACAGAUCCCUGGAGCUAAGUGCAGAAAGAGGGCAACUGACCAUGUCCCCACGGGGCAAAACGACCAGGUGGAAAUCUCUGGACGAAGGCGACAUUUGUCAAGACAAGCUGAGAUCCAAAAGGUCAUCCGAUGAGCCAAAUGAAUUUGAAUUUUCUGAAAGUGAGGAUGCAGGUGGGGUUCCAGGAAUGACUGAAGAGCAGAAAGCAUUUCUUCGUUGGUACUACCGCACAGAGGACCCAACCUCAUGGAAGUUUGCCAUGUUGGCACUGUCUUUCGCAGCUUUACUGCUGGGCGGUGUACUGUUUGUCACGGGCAUGAUGGCCAGCAGGAGCAGGAAGAAGAUAGCUAAGUACAAGGCAGCAGCUGCAAAAGCAGCAACACCUGAAGCAGAGGAGCUGCGUGUCAUUGCUGAGGUUAUUUCUGAGCCAAAGGAGGGCAAGGAUUCAUACCAAUCCCCUCUGCAAGACGGUAAUCUUGUCAACCAACCAGCAGCAGAUAUGUCUGAGACAGAUGGGAUAAAGGCCGGGGACAUUGUAGUGACUUGGAAGGAUGGGAAUGUCUCCAAUCUGUUCUCAGAGGUCUCAGCAGAGGCCCCAGAGGAGGAACAUUAACACACAAGACAGUUACUGAUACUGAUACAACUUUUGCUAUCCCCCAUUACCUUCAGAAACGCUUGUUGAUGAAUAGUUUUUCAUUAGACCUAACCAGACUUAACUAGCAUAUAGGUCUAUAACUUUAUAUAUAUAUAUUCAUAUAUAAUAUAUGGCUUGUCAUUUGUAAUUUUCUAUGUAUAUAUAUUGUGACGUUUUUAAGCAAACAUAUUAAGUGUGGUUACUGCAGAUACAGUCUGACACUUUUCAAAUUCUAAGACAAAGAACAUAUCAGACUUGGAUGAAUGACUUACAGGAAUGUAGGGACUCAGUGAUUAUGCAGUGUAUGCCACAUGGUGCUCAUUUAAUGUAUUUAAUCACAGUCUUAUAAUUAUAAAAUGACAAAAUUACAGUCAGUGCAUGUUUACUGAAAUUUAUUACAAAAUGCAUACCACUGUUUAAUGUGUGAUUACCAAAUAAAUAGAUAUGAAUGAGGGAAAUCAUUCUUAAUAAGAAACACUUUCCUGUCACAUCUAUGAAGCACUGUCAUGUACAACUGAAGUAAAUGCUGAUGAUUUUACAACUGUAGGAAACUGAAGGAAAUUGCAGUGUAAUCAUUCCACUGUUUUCACACUGCUAAAACACACUGCACUGUGUGAUGCACUGUUGAUGGUGCUUUGAAAAACCUACAAAUUACAAUCAUCAGAAGGAA